UCCGCUUCCUACAGCCGUGUGGAUAUUCCGCUGCGGCUGCAUGUGCGCUGUUUUGAGGAAUAACAACCUUAAAGACUUUUACGCACUGAUUUUUUGUUCACAGGAGCACCUCGGACACACGAUGUAAACUAAAGAGGUGAGACAAUGGGAUUUUAGAUGCAUAUUUUCAAAGAGACAAACUCAAAAUGGAAUACAUUUUUAAACUGAUUUAGAUAAUAAAAUUCAUACUGGGACCUGUCAAAAUGGAUUUCUUAAAUAUGUCCUCACUGGAUGGAGGGAUUGAAGCAGACAACAUCUCUUCUAAUGCCACCUCCCGGAGUCGGUACAGCCAGCUGGCCAUCUGGGGUCUGGCAGGACUGGUCAGUUUCAUCAUUCUUGUCACAAUAGUGGGAAACGUCUUGGUGGUUAUUGCAGUUUUAACAAGCCGAGCCCUCAAACCACCUCAAAAUUUGUUCCUUGUCUCCCUGGCCAGUGCAGACAUUUUGGUUGCCACUCUGGUAAUGCCCUUUUCACUGGCUAAUGAACUUAUGGGCUUUUGGUUUUUUGGCAAAAUUUGGUGUGACAUUUACCUAGCCCUGGAUGUUUUAUUCUGCACUUCGUCUAUUGUGCAUCUUUGUGCCAUCAGUUUGGACAGGUACUGGUCCGUCACACAGGCUGUAGAGUAUAAUUUAAAGAGGACCCCAAAAAGAGUUAAAUGUAUGAUUGUAGUGGUGUGGCUAAUCUCUGCAGUUAUAUCCUUUCCACCACUUAUUUCAAUGGACAGAAGCAGCACAGAUGAAAGUCAAUGCCAACUCAAUGAUGAAACUUGGUACAUUCUCUACUCAAGCAUUGGAUCAUUCUUCGCCCCGUGUGUUAUUAUGAUCCUUGUUUACAUUCGAAUUUACCAAGUGGCCAAGACGAGAACUCGAACAAUGUCGGAAAAGAAAAGAGACGUUGAUACCACACAGGAAAAUGGGAUGGAUCAAUUAGAGGGAAAAGGCGGGUCUAUAAAGUCCAGCAGAGGCGGGAGCAUCAAGGAACGUGAGAAUGGACACUGCCAGGAGCAACCGGUGGAUUCGGCUCUCCAAAACCAGGACAAGAACCAGCACGCAAACCACGACGAUGACUACGAAGACAGCAGCUCGUCCGACGAAAAGCCCAAAAAGACUCCUUCCAAGCAUCACCACGACGACAAACGUGAUCGGAAGUCCAGUCGGAAAAGCAGCUCCGCCUCUAAGUACUCCAGCAGGAAGUCCCGUGCCAGCUCCAAAUCCAUAGAUCUGUUUUCCUCACGCCGGAAGAGACGGAGCACGGUCAAUCGAAAGAAGGCAUCCGCGGCCCGGGAGAAGAGGUUCACAUUUGUCCUAGCUGUGGUUAUGGGCGUGUUUGUGGUCUGCUGGUUUCCAUUUUUCUUCUCCUACAGUCUCUAUGGGAUAUGUCGUAAACCAUGUGAAAUUCCAGAAACUCUUUUUAAGUUCUUUUUCUGGAUUGGGUACUGCAACAGCUCUCUAAACCCAGUCAUCUACACCAUUUUCAACCAGGACUUCCGUAGAGCGUUCCAAAAGAUCCUCUGUAAGUCAUGGAAGCGGUCAUUCUGAUAGGAGUUCUGUGAACCUUAAACCCGGACUGAGCUGGGGGAUAAAGUCCAGGCCUGAUGCACUUGGAGGGAUUGUAGUAGAAUGGAUAGGACAUUAAAGGGAUCAAGAGGACUGCAGUAAGGUGUGGUAAUGGAGCUUAGUAUCUGAUCAUUUCCACAACGCACGGCUGCUUCUGUGCUCUGGAGUGGCCAUGGCUCAUUCCCCUCCCCACUGACUUAUUCCAUCUUCGUUUAAAUAUAUUAAAGUCAUAAGAGCAACUGCGAUCCAUGCACAGCAGAGGGAAUGCUGUGAGGGGGUGGACGUUUUACAAAGACUAUGAUAACUUCACUGAAUAUCUUAAGAAGGCCUUGACAAUCUCAGACAAAAGUUAUUUGACUGUAAGAUAGCAUUAUCUUUCUCUUAUCUGACAUUUAAAAUCUUUCGUAAUCUAACCCUCUCAACAAGAGGACCAAUGGGACGAAGGGGCUCCUUGCUUACUGAUUCAGUAGCAAACUAUUACAUUCAGAAAAAAAGAACAAAGUCUAUUGUUGACAGAAAGUGCAAAGUCAUAUUUAUUUUAUACAAAAAUGUGGUAAGUGCAAUGCUUUAUUCCAUGUGGAUGUGUGUUCCUGUGUACAGUAGUGUGUUAUUCCUCUACCUGGCAUGUGUGUGCUAGCUCCUGAGAAGGAGAUGGAGUGUAGAAGUAGUGCUGAGACUGACAGCUCUCCAGUGAGCGAGCGCUGUUUGCCUCUGUGUGAGAGCAGCCAGCAGAGGAAGUCUGUAAUAUCAGCGCACAUAUGGGGGCUGUGAUAAAGUCACUUUAUCUCCACACUCACUUCUCAUUCUCCAAAUGUGCCAUGCAGAUGUUUGGUCAUUAUCUCAGUUUAUAUGCACUGAGGAGGGCCACGUACUAAUCAGGAAACGAUAAGAAUAAUUGGAUGGCAUAGCACUUAUAGUUAAUUCUAUAAAAUGGACUUUAAAUGCUCUUCGAUCCUGAGUUUAAUAUCUAAUCCAAGAAGAACAAAAGCCAGAUUUUUGAUUUUAUAAAGACAGACUGGGUUUAGUUUUGGGGGCUAUGUCCAGUCUUAUGUCCAUGAGGACUGUCUGUGUCUCUGUUUGUCCUCACUGUCUGGAGAAGUGUCUUCUCUCCUCGUCUGCUCUGUCCAGUACAAGCCUGUCACACCUCAUGCACUGCUGUAAAGUCUGCUGCACACACUCAUGCAAAUCAUUAUGGAACAUUAUGGACAAUUUAAGCAUUUAUAGCCAAAAGAACUGAAGCUUGUCUAUCAUUGUAAAUAAGUCACAUGGCAGUAUCCCUGUGUGGUGACUCCUAAUCACACAUAUUAUAUGAUAAAAAUGUAUUAUUUGUAUAAUGAACAAAUUGGUCAACAAUUUCCAUGUUACAGAGACCUCCUUGUCCUUUUUUAAAGCUAAGAAAAGUGUUUACUCCUCUGUUUUCAACACAUUACAAUGAACAAAUAAAGAGAU